AUGACAAAGCCAACAGUGUAUCCCAAGAUUGACAUGUCUGCAACAAAAUCACACGGCGACUGUACCAAGGUCGUGGACGUCCAGAACAUUGAACUUACCGAAAGUCCUUCCUCCCAUGAUCACCCUGAUCAUAACAAUGCCCUUCGGCCACCGUCUUGGAUUGCAGCCCUGAGUCCAGCAGAGCGCCAGGACCUGGAGAAGAAGUUGAAGAGGAAGAUUGACUGGAGGUUGAUGCCGGCUGUAUUGAUUAUGUAUUUCUUGAACUAUAUUGAUCGAAACAACAUCGCUGCCGCCAAACUCGCCAACCUCGAACGCGACCUCAACCUUUCCUCCGUCCAGUACCAAACCUCCGUCAGCAUCCUCUUUGUCGGCUACCUCCUGAUGCAACUCCCAUCCAACUUGUUUCUCAACAAGUUUGGAAAACCGGCCAUUUAUCUUCCUUGUUGCAUGAUAGUCUGGGGCACCAUCUCCGCCGCCACCUCCGCCUGCACCUCCGUCACCGGCCUUUACGUCGUCCGUUUCCUCCUCGGCUUCGUCGAAGCCGCCUAUUUCCCGGGUUGUCUGUACUACCUCUCUUGCUGGUACACGCGCUCCGAGCUUGGCUUGCGUACCGCCAUCUUAUACUCGGGCUCCCUCUUAUCAGGUGCCUUUUCCGGUCUGAUCACAGCGGGCGUGGUAUCCGGAUUGGAUGGAGCAAGGGGGUUUCAUGCCUGGCAGUGGCUGUUCAUCCUCGAAGGAUCGGCGACCAUUUUCGUCGCUUUUGCGUGUUUCUUUGUGCUGCCGAAUUUCCCCAGGACGACGAGCUGGUUGACGGAGGAAGAGAAGUCGCUGGCGGUUUGGAGGUUAGAAGAGGAUGUAGGCGUGGAUGAUUGGGUGGGAGGGGAGAAGCAGACUUUUUGGCAGGGGGCUAAGAUGGCGUUUACGGAUUUCAGGACUUAUGUUUUGGUUAGUAUUCCAUCCCCCCCACGUGUAUCUCCCCGUAUGUUUAUGGUCCUCCUCUUCUGCAUUGUCGCCUCCGGCACCGUCACCAACUUCUUCCCCACCGUCGUCCAAACCCUCGGCUACAGCAGGAUUCACUCCCUCCUGCUCACCGCGCCGCCCUACGUUUUGGCUGUCAUUGUCACCUUCGCCAACGCCUGGCACGCCGACAAGACGGGCGAGCGAUACUUCCACAUUGCCGUCCCCAUGUGCGUCGCCAUUGUGGCGUACAUCAUCGCCGCGACCACGACGCAUGUUGCCCCCCGCUAUCUGAGCAUGAUGCUCAUGGUCCCUUCGGUCUACUCCAGCUUCGUGGUGGCCAUAUCGUGGGUCUCGAAUACCAUGCCCAGACCGCCGGCGAAGAGAGCGGCGGCACUGGCCUUUAUCAAUGCGCGCGGCGCCGCAUUACACGGUGGCCAUGGUGGUGAACUGUGUUACGGCGUUUGUUGCGGUGUGUGCGGCAACGGCGAUGAGGAUGAUUCUGAGCAGGCAAAAUAA